UACCAUGUGCAUGGCCUAUGGGAGGUAGGUCACAAGUCUAAAGGAGUUCCGGCUACUAUUUUAUUAUUUUAUACUGGUGCGCCGUCGGUAGCUAGAGUGUCUAACUCUUUGUUGUUGCUGAACACUACAUUCCGUUGCCUUAGGCUUAAAGGAAAUCUCUGAGCUAGGGUCACUCUCUACCGGCUGGAAGUGUAAAUGACUGACCAGGACAACACAGUAUCAAUGGAAUCACCAGAAAAUAUAGCGGACAACGAGGAGUUUGAAAUAAUCAGUAACCCUGAUCUUGAAGAUCUAGAAGGCAAGAGAAAGCCUCGAGAUGUUGGAAGAACUAUAAGCGUGACCUCAGACGAGUUGCUUGGUGUUGUGAGAGUGAACGAGAGCCCGAUGGAUGAUGACAGUCUUGAGUUCCACGACACGGCUGAUGAUCAACAGUUUGAAGUGUUGGAGAGUACAGGGGUAGUUAAAAGUGAUUCCUCGGAGAUGCAACCUCAAGAAGAGAAUAUUGAAGCUGAAGGGUCCCCUAAGGAUAGUGUCCCUUCUCUGUCAAGCAGUGCUGAAGAAGAGAAGUCUGGAGACAGUGAAUCCACCAGCAGCAAAGACAAAGAUCAAGAAAGCAAAAGAAGCAUUUCACCGAUCCGCUUUGAUGAAAGCCAAGGUGGGGAGGAGCCCAAGGAUAGCAAGAAUAGCAAGGAUAAAUCUAGUGGAAAAUCAUCAACGAGGGAAAAAAGCAAAGACCACAGGCAUUCGGGUCCUCACCGAAUCACAGACAAGCUCUUCUCAAACACUCGCUACUUUAUCAUCAAGAGCAACAACUUUGACAACGUGGACAUAGCCAAGGACAAGAAUGUCUGGUCCACUCCUGCGUACAAUGAGAAGAGGCUGAACAAAGCUUAUAGGGAAUGUCGUAAUGUCCUGCUUGUUUUUUCAGUUCGUGAAAGUGGUCGAUUUCAAGGCAUAGCUCGUCUGAUCUCCGAGUCUCGUCAUGAUGGUCAGCGUAUCCAGUGGGUCUUGCCACCUCACAUAUCACAAUCUCAGCUUGGAGGAGUCUUCAAACUAGACUGGCUACACAGAGGAGAGCUAGACUUCUCUGCCUGUAUGGACCUCAAGAACCCCUGGAAUGAGAACAAACCUGUCAAAAUCAGUAGAGAUGGGCAGGAGGUGGAGCCUGGCGUUGGAGAGAAGCUCUGUCAACUCUGGGCAAAGAUAGCCUCCGAUGAUGACAUCCUUACAGACCCUUCUGUUCGCCGUGACAACCAAGAUCAGAGAACCAGUGGUAGAAAUUACGGUGGUCAUUCUGGAAGCCAUGAUUUCCAUCCACGGCACACCCCAAUGCCCUACCAUCCUCAUCCGAUGUUCAACCCGUACGGCUACGCUCAUAUGAGUGCAGCAUUUUAUCGACCAAUGACUGGAGAUGCUAGGAAUCAAAUUGGUCACCCUGCAAUGAUGCACCCUCCAAGCAAGCAUCAGCUAGAAGCAGAAGCUCUGUUGGACUCAAAGAAAAGAAAAGUGGAAUAUCGCAAGUCCUCAAGUAGUACCCGCAGUAGCGAGCGACGUGUGGAGUCGCAUCACUCCCGUCAUGAGUCUCGACGCUCUGGAGAGAAGGGUAGGAAGGUCGAGAAGAGGUCACAACGCAAGAAAGAGAAGCACUCCCGGAGGAGGUCACGGACUAGGUCACAGUCCCGUAGCUCUGACUCUUCCUUUGAGGAUGACUAUGGUGUUAAGAAAGAAACUCUACUUCAUGGCUCGUAUGCUGACUACGUCAAAGAGUACAAGUCUCGCUCUGGAGGGGGAGGAGAGCCAAGCUCUAGUGGGCGUGGUCAGGGAGAGUCUAGUGCCGGGAAUUCGAUGCCGUCAGUUGCCCAGAUUGCAUCAGCCUACCAAAAAGCACUCUCUGACGUGGCAACUGCCCUUCAACAGCAGCAAGGAAGUGCUAGCAGCAAGAUGGACCCAAAAAUGUAUGCAAAGAAAGUGGAGGAAUUUCUCUCCAAGAAAUCAUGAACUGAUUCAAGAACCUACAAGUAGUGUAACUUCUGUAUGUGCACCUUGAUUGAAUGGUUUAAUUGACCUUAUUAUAUAAAUCAUUUAUUGUGUGUAUUUCUGUUUGCUAGCUGCUCUCUACUGUUCUCUGGAGUUCAUACAUGUAAUAAAAUUAAUUUUGCCAUUAAA